GGGAGCCGGUAGAGCAGGUUUUUUUCGCUCCCAUGUGCCAGUACAAUUAUUGGACGCGAUUCGCUCCGCUCCUUCGGUGAAGCGUCUGGUUUUUUGACCGUUUGGCAUAUGAGAAUUGAUUCUGCUUCGGAGCGGAGCUGAAAAAGCGCUACCAAACGCAGCCUAAAUACCUCCGCCAAGGAGCUAGGAGUGUGGCGUGAACUAACCAGCACGGGCGCUGAGGGCUGAGGCCGCGACGACGACGACCAUGAUGAGGCUGAAGCAGCACAUGGGCCUGGUCUCCUCCCCUACCCCUGCCAUCGUCGUGAGGCUCGGCAACAACACACCCCACCGCCGCCGAGCAACUCGGUCUCGGAUCGUGUCGUCCUCCGCCUCCGACGCCGCGCCGUUCGAGAAGCCCAGGGCCGUGGUCAAGAAGGUCCUCGCGCAGUCGCAGCCCGAGGGUCAGGGUGCCACCGUCCGUAGGAGCAUCGGCAGGCACGAGCUCCGCAACCUGGACCCGUUCCUCCAGCUCGACGAGUUCACAGUCUCCAAGCCCGCCGGGUUUCCCGACCACCCGCACAGAGGAUUCGAGACCGUCACCCACAUGUUUGAGGGGGCCAUCACCCACCAGGACUUCGCUGGUCACAAGGGCACCAUCAGGACAGGGGACGUGCAGUGGAUGACGGCGGGGCGAGGCAUCGUGCACUCGGAGAUGCCGGCUGGGGACGGCGUGAGCGAGGGCCUGCAGCUCUGGAUCAACCUCUCCUCCAAGGACAAGAUGAUCGAGCCGCGAUACCAGGAGCUGGAGCGCAAGGACAUCAGCCGCGCGGAGACCGAGGACGGCGUGGAGGCCCGCGUCAUCGCCGGGGAGGCCUUCGGCGUGGCGUCCCCCGUGUACACGCGCACUCCCAUCAUGUACGUGGACUUCACCAUGCGACCUGGGUCCCGCCUGCACCAGCCUGUCCCGGAGGGCUGGAACGCCUUCGUCUACGUCGUCGACGGCGAGGGCGUAUUCGGACGGGAGACGGCCACGGCACACCACUGCCUCGUCCUCGGCUCCGGCGACGGCGUCAGCGUGUGGAACAGGUCCGCCAGGCCGUUAAGGUUCGUCCUCGCCGCCGGGCAGCCGCUCGGUGAGCCCGUGGUGCAGCACGGACCCUUCGUCAUGAACUCGCACGCCGAGAUACAGCAGGCCAUGGAAGACUACUCCUACGGCAAGAACGGCUUCGAGAGGGCCGGCCAGUGGAGCUCCUCCGCCUGAUCGGCGAGGCUAUCGCGUUAAAUUAAAUAAAUGUGUGUAAUACACACAGCUCAACGCUUCCCUUAAGUUAUGUAGCAACGCCAUUUGUUGGUGAUUAACGAGUGAUCGAGCAAGCUUAAAAAAGUUCCACUCCUUUUAAACUUAUAUAUUUAUCGGUAUUUUAGCUAAUACAAUAGUUUAUUGAGACUAUUGUAUUCGUGUAUCGAAAGUUAUGUAGCAAUGCCAUUUGUGGGUGAUUACCGUGUUUUCCGGUCGAAGUAUCAGCUAGUUCAAUC